AUGCAAAAUGCACAGGCUGUGUUGGGCAACUUCUUGUCAAAACAUGAGGAGCUAAGGCAAGAGUUGAAUGCAAUUAUUGACUACAACAUGUCUAUUGAAGAGUUUGAAAGUAGAUGGGCAGAAAUGAUUUUCAAGCAUGGUGUGGCGGACAACACACAUCUUUGUGAUUUAUAUAAUAUUAGAGCCACUUUUGUCCCUGCCUACUUCAAGGAUCGUUUCUUUCCAUUCCUACAAACUACUGCCCGUAGCGAGGGGUUCAAUGCAGUAUUGAAAAGUUACGUUGACCCACACAACAACCUGCACCAUUUCUUCGAGCAGUACUUGAAGUUACAGGAAAAAAUAGAUGUAGCAGAGGAUUCAGUUGAGUUUAAAGAUGAGGAUAAGACUGUUAGAGUAUGGGGAGAUUACCCUCUGGAAGAGCAAGCUUUGAAAGUGUAUACGCUGCCAAUAUACCUCCGUUUCAGGGUUGAGCUUCGGAAAGUGAGGUCAUACAAUGUGCAGCAAAUUGGUGGUCAAACUUAUGUGGUUAUGCCAAUUAAAACCUAUGUUUAUGGCUAUGGCGAUAAAAGCUACAAGGUUGAAGCUAACUUGGAUGCCGAAACUUACAUCUGCGAGUGUUGCAAAUUCAGUAGGGAUGGGUGGAGGAAACCGGAGGAAACGAUUGUGCAGCAGAAAAUGGAGUUACCUCAGGUGCCAACAGAUAGGAAGAUGAAUAACAAGGAAAGGCAGCAGCUACGUUAUGGUACUCUUUGCAAUGAAUACUCUAGAGUAGAGAAAAUUGCAUCUACAUCUGACAAAGGAAAGGCUUUGGCAGAUAAAUACAUGCUAGCUUUGGAGAAAGAAUUGCAAGAGAUGAAAGCUACAGAAUCUGCAAAACGGAAGAAUAGGAAAAAAAGCAACUACACCUAA